AUGCAUCGCGACGAGACCAACCAUGGCCGCCAGCUGUCCGACUAUGCGGUCGGGAUGCUCUGGUACGGUUUGAUUGAGAGUGUUAUUACGCAGACAGACGUGUGUGACUUCCGGAUGCACUUUCAGUCUAACCUGCGGUUCCGGGCCCCCCGCCAGCACCAUGGCGCCGCUUUCCUUGGUCCCGACAGCCUCGUCGUCACCAUUCGUGGCGAACCCAUGAAUGGCGGCGACGCCACCCUCGGCGUGUCUCCUCUCGGCGGCCAAGCCAUCUUGGACCACCCUGGCUACCCGCAAUGGAUCUCGUCUCUCCUUUUUCGUGGUGGUGAGCGCUAUAACAGUCUCUACCAUGCAGGUGUGAUGGCUGGAACUGUCCUUGGACCUCGCCGCCGUGCCCUUGCUUCCGCCGCCGCUCCCGCCUCGCCUGCUGCCGCCCCCGCCUCUACUGUUGCUUCCCCUGCUGCUGCUGCUUCUGCUCCCGCAGUUGCUCUUGCUCCCGCUCCCGCAGACUUCUCUGCUGCCGCAGCUGCUGCUGCUGCUGAUCUCUCCGGCUCCGCUGUUUCUUCGCCCGCCCUGCCGUUCUUCACCCCGGGCACCUCCCCUCUGGUUCCUGCCGGUCCCGCGGCCGCUCUGCUUGCUGCUCCUGCGGCAGUUCCGGUCGCUGCCGCCGCCAUUCGCUCCCGCACCCCCUCCCCCGAUCUCCCCGCUGCUGCUUCUGGCUCGCCGGCCGCUCUGCCUGCUGCUUCUGCGGCUCGCACCCGCACCCGCACCCCCUCCCCCGAGCUCCCCGCUACUGCUCCUGGCUCGCCGGCCGCCGCCCAGGUCGAGGACCCUCGCGUCGCCUCAGCUAUUGCUGUUCAUAGCGCUCGCCGCGUCUCCCGUCGCCUUGCUGCCGCUACAGCUGCAGCCGCUGAUGCCGAUGCCCCCGCCUCUCCUGCUGUCGAUUAA